AAACAUGGCUGCGCCCAUGGCGACUGCGAACCAACCAAAAAUUCGAACGAAAGGAACCAAAAAGAAACCAUCUUACAAGAAUGUCCUCGUAGAUCCAUUCAAAGUGUCGUGGCCAGUUAUAGAAGCAGAGGUUGAGUCGGAUAUCUUAGACAAGAUGAAAAGCACCUUUUCAGCAUGUAACUUAGGGAGACAGCCUAAUGUUAAGGUUCAUAUUGCAAGUUUAAACAAGAAAGAUAGGGGGAAAGGAAAGCAAGAGAGAAAAGAAGAACUGAAGAGGAAGAGAGAAGAAAGACGCAAGACUGAAAGUGAUCAAGGAAGGUCUAAGCCACUGAUCCUAGGCAUCAAUAAUGUUAUGCGCUGUUUGGAGAAAGAUCAACUACGAUUGGUUGCCGUGUGUCGUAACGUCCACCAUAGCCUCUUGGCAAUGACGAAUCACCUGAUCCCAUUGUGUGCUAGUCGUGGCUGUCCAUCCGUCUGUCUGCCCAACCUUCAGACUCAGCUGACAUCUGUGUUGUCAGUCUCCUCAUUGCUGGCCUUAGGAAUCAAGAAACCGACUAAGGAGGACAGCAAUUCAGCUGCUAUGGACGAACUGGUCAGUUAUAUUUCAGAAAGAUGCAGACCUUUAGAAAUAUCCUGGCUGGAGAGGGACACAGCCAUUGGCAGUAACACCCUGAGUGAUGCUGAAUGUGAAGCAGUGGCUGAAAUGUCAGCAGAAACUUUGUCUCUUUCAAAGUCUGGCAUAAAUUAUGGGAUGGAAACCAAGAACAUCAGCUGUAAGCCAGAUUUCUCUGAUUUGUACAUCAAAAAGAGAGUCUCAAAAGAUGGUGGAUUGGAAAAGAGAGGUUCUGGUUUUGGUGACCUGGAUUUUAUUCAGUUUGGGAAUCCUUCAGUAGAAUCUAGUGAUGAGGAUGGAGAAGUUGUGUCGUAUACAUUACUGGCGAGUUCCAAAACAAAGGAGGUCAAUCCCAAUCGGUGUGAUGUGUGCGUCGGUGCCAGAGGAGAUGGUAGUGAAGUUCGUUCUGAGAAAGCAUCGAGUAUUGGCAAGCGAAAAUUAAGCCACAAUGAUGUAGAGGUUGCCAUCCCGUCAAAGUUUAGGAAAGCAAGAAUCAGGCAGAAAGUGCCAAAUCCUAACAAGAAGAAGAAGAGGCGAAAAUCCAACUCUUGAAAGAUUUUGGCUUUGUAACCUCGAAAAACUGAGGCGUAAAUAAGUAUUGAUAACUAUCAGCAUCCAUUGAGUGAAUUCCUCAUCAACCAUGAAUCAAAAUAAAUAAAAUAUUUAUAAA